CAUUCACAAAACAUUAUUUUAGCAAAAUCCACCCACCAAAUCAACAUCUUCCCCAAAUCCAACCAUCACGAUUAACCCACGUGUCCGUCACCCCUACGCCGUUUAUCAUUGUAUCAUCAUUAUAAUCAAACAUCGUCACUCCCAAUGAGAGGAAUUCAGAUAAUAAUCUCAUCAUCAUCUUUUCGUUUCCCGCGUCAUCACCAUCGUCCCCGAUUCAACAACCCUAAAAAUCAACUCACCUUCUAUUGCUAUUCUUCUGCUGUCACUAUGAACGCCGGCGGAAACUCUACUAAACCAGACGAUAAAUCUCAUAUUGCUGGGAACUGGUUUUCUGUUCCGGAACUUCGAUUGCGUGACCAUCGUUUUACUGUUCCUCUUGAUUAUACUUCCAAUCAACAGAAAUCUUCUUCGGUGAUUUCAGUUUUUGCUCGUGAAGUUGUCUCUGCUGCUAAGGAAGAACAACGGUUGCCAUACCUAUUGUACCUACAAGGUGGUCCUGGUUUUGAGAGUCCACGGCCAAAUGAGGCUAGUGGAUGGAUAAAGAAAGCGUGCGAGGAAUAUCGAGUUAUUUUGUUAGAUCAGAGAGGGACUGGCCUAUCGACUCCGUUGACUAUAUCAUCUCUCUCACAAUUUACGAGUGCAGAGAAGUUGGUUGACUACUUGAAGCAUUUUCGGGCGGAUAAUAUUGUGACUGAUGCUGAAUUUAUUCGUGUUCGUUUGGUACCAGACGCCAAACCUUGGACCAUUUUGGGGCAGAGCUAUGGUGGUUUUUGUGCUGUUACCUAUCUCAGUUUUGCCCCGCAAGGACUUAAACAAGCCCUUUUAACUGGUGGACUACCUCCAAUUGGAAAUGGAUGUACAGCAGAUUCUGUGUAUAGAGCAUGCUUUGAACAGCUUACGCUUCAGAAUGAAAAAUACUACAAGAGAUAUCCUCAAGAUAUUGAAAUUGUUCGAGAAGUAGUAAAGUUCUUGGCAGAGUCUGAGGGAGGAGGGGUUCCUCUGCCAUCUGGCGGGAUAUUAACCCCACGAGGAUUGCAAACUCUUGGUCUAUCUGGUUUGGGAUUAAGUACUGGUUUUGAGCGCAUGCACUAUAUGUUUGAGAGAGUUUGGGACCCUAUACUAGUUCCAGGCUCAAAAAAGUCAAUUAGCUAUGUCUUCUUGAAAGCUUUUGAAGACUGGAUGGCUUUUGACAAGAACCCCCUUUAUGCACUUUUACAUGAAUCCAUAUAUUGCCAGGGAGCUCCAUCAAAGUGGGCGGCUCACAGAAUAAGGACUGAACAUGAAAGCAAGUUUGAUGCAGUGAAAGCUGCAAAAGAGGGUCGAAAUGUUAUGUUCACCGGAGAGAUGAUCUUUCCAUGGAUGUUUGAUGAAGUUCAUGCGUUGAGACAUUUCAAAGACGCAGCACAUUUGUUGGCUGAUAAGAAGGAUUGGCCUUCUUCACUAUACAACGUUACUGCAUUGAAAAAUAACAAGGUACCUGUUGCAGCAGCUGUAUAUCAUGACGAUAUGUUUGUUAACUUCAAGCUGUCAAUGGAAACAGCAUCACAAAUAUCUGGAAUUAGAUUAUGGAUAACAAAUGAAUUCAUGCAUUCUGGUUUAAGGGAUGGAAGUGAACAAGUCCUGGACAGUUUAUUUGGAAUGCUCAACGGAAAGAAGCCUCUGUUUUGAGUGCACCCUAAUCCAUGCUUUCAUGACAACUGCCCUCGCCACAUGGAGGUGAUCCGCAGGCAAUUUCCUUCCAAUUUCUCAGAUGCGAAGAGCUAAAUUUAUUCAUCUGGAAUGGUUAAUGGAAAGAAGCCUCCGUUGUACACCCUUAUUCAUGCUUUCAUGACAACGCGCCAACCCCUCAGCACAUAUAGAGGAGAUUCACAAGCAUUUUAUUCUGAUCUUCCAGAUGUGAAGAGCUAAUUUUUAUUUUUGUUUUUUCAUUUCUUCUUAUUUCCUGUAAUCAAGUUGUCAUACGAAACACCAUUCAAAAUAAAAUGGAAAGAUCUACUGGUUUGAUUUGCA